AAGUUGGCGAUGAUAGGGAGCGUCAAGGGUUCCGGGAAAGGUAUAUAAGACUGAUCGAUUUGGUCGCAGUACUCGAUUUCCCCUUCAUCGAGUCUUCAUUUACACACAACAACUCACUUCAUACCUACAACCUCUUUGACAGAGACAACCUUUUCCCAAAACCUCUUCCAACACAACCCUUAAACCCACGACGCAACAAUGCAGCUCUCUCUCAUCGCCAUCGCCUCGGUCUUGAUGACCAUGGCCUCUGCCGCCUCUUCUCCCGAUGCCGCCGCCAGCAUCGCCAAGCGUGCCACUUUCCCCAUCCCUGCUUCGAAGGGAUCGGUCACAUACAAGGAGCCGAAGAUCAUCAAGGCUGGUCAGCCUUUCGAUGGACUCGGCAAGACUUACGGUCGAGGUGUCAAGUGCACCGGUCAAGACGAGGGCGGUGACGCCGAUGCCGUCUUCAUCCUCGAGAACGGCGCCGUUUUGAAGAACGCCAUCAUCGGAGCCGACCAGAUCGAGGGUGUCCACUGCAAGGGAGCCUGUACCAUCCAGAACGUCUGGUGGUCCAACGUCUGCGAGGAUGCCUUGAGCUUGAAGGGGAACGGUGAUGCUACCAUCAUCGGAGGAGGUGCUCAAGGCGCCGAUGACAAGAUCAUCCAACACAACGGUGUUGGUACCGUCACCAUCGACGGCUUCUACGCCAGCGACUUUGGCAAGCUCUACAGGUCUUGCGGUAACUGCAAGGAGAAGAGUGUCGGCACGAAGACCCCCAAGAGGAACGUCAUCGUGAAGAACGUCAAGGCUUUCAACGGAAAAGUCUUGACCGGUAUCAACUCCAACUUCGGUGACACCUCCACCAUCACCAACACUUGCGCUACCAGCGUCAAGGAGAUCUGUAACGAGUACCAGGGCAACACCAACGGUAAAGAGCCCCCCAAGAUCAGCUCGGGUGUCAGCAAGGCUUGCAAGUACACCAACCCUUUGCCCAAGUGCUAAGAGCUGCCGGAAACCCGAGCAGAUGAUCGUCGAGAGUCUCAGUAAAAGUCUCGACCGAUGCUCGGAUCUUAGACUUGGCUUGUCGCCUUUGUCCUUCAGGGUAUUUCUCUCGAUUUAUUGCGUUUGUGGUACCGAUCUGUCACUUCAUGUUUGAACCGUCUGUGACGACUCCCAUGAUGACAACUAUCGAUCGUUUCACCACUUCCUUACGGCUGACCAAAACUGCUGGCCGCUGGUUGUUAACCUCGUAAUAAGUUUCAACUUUGCCAGAGCUGUUCCGAGAUGACGCGGCAGGUCGAGGUCGGGGGCUGGUGAGAC